GGUGGCGGGGAGCGGUCCGAGCGCGGUGACAGCCGCCGGCCGUGCUGCCGCUGCCGCUGGGCUCCGGCCGUGGCCACCUGCACGGCGGCAACGCCGGUGCUCGCCCUCCGGUCCGGCUCCUUAACGCCUCGAGAGACAACUUCUGCCUGGCCGCGGCGAUGAGGCCGCCCGUGCUUUUGGAAUACGCUGGUGAUGCGCAGGGAGCACUGCCGGCCUUGCUACGUGAACUGUGGGUGUUGAAAAGCAUCUCGGCAUCACAGUGAAUUUGCAGGUUGUCAGGUUCCCUCAUUCAUGGCUCGGGCCUGGCAGUCGUAGGAUGGACUGGUGACUCCUGCAGCACUGAAGUGAUUUCAUAAACACGGCCAAGACCCCACACAGGUGGCACGUCUGCUCCGAAAAAGGUUUAGAGAGACAUGGAGCUUGAAAGAAUCAUUCAAGACACAUUGACACGCUUCAUCCAGUCCCACAUCCCUGCAGCAGAUCUCAGUGGGAUGGAUGAUGUUUUCUUCUCUUAUAUCACGGGUGUCCUGGAAGAGCUGGGCUCACCAGAGUCUCCUGAAGAGACUUUUGACAUGGACACCUUUGUGGAAAUGAUGGAGGCAUAUAUCCCUGGUUUUGCAGAAAUCCACAGUGGGGAUGUUUGUGAAAUGAUGUUCUCCCUCUCAGAAAGGCUUGGUGAAGCUCGCAACAAAGAAAAACUUGGCCAAAAGGCUGUGGAAAGCAGGAGUGAAGCGCCCUCUGAAGACCUCACCAAGGGCCAGGAGCCUGGAGCUGGAGCCUGCAGCGGGGAAAGACUGUGCACUCUAACAGACGGAGCCGGGGCCCAGGAAGGUGCUGACUUGAAGGAUGGGGUGGAGCUGCUACUGGAGAUGUUCCCGGCCUGUACUAUGAGCCAGGCAGAGAAGGCUCUCGCCAUGGCCUUGGGGAACUUGGAAGAGGCAGUGCAAUUAAUUGUGGAGGAGAAGGUGGAAAUUGGCCCAGCAGGUGCGAGUGUGAAGGAACUGGCACGGCCCCGCAGAGCACCCAACCACGAGGAACUAAAACAGGUCAUCCUACAGAAAUACAUGAUGGUGGAUAGUGCAGACGAUCAGAAAACACACCGGCCAGCCCCACCCAAAGAGGCUCCCAAGAAGUUGAUCCGCUAUAUUGAUAACCAGGUGGUGAGUACAAAAGGAGAGAGGUACAAAGACAUCAAGAAGCCUGAGAGUGAGGAGAUGAAGAGAACCUACAUCAGCCUAAAACCAGCCAGGAAGUACAAGUUCCAUUGACAGCCAGGUCCUCCCACUCUUCAGCCUUCCACCUCACUGCCAGGCAUGGCAGGAUGGAUGUGUGGUGCAAGGAAUGAAGUGACUCUACCUGCCACUAACUUGAACUAACCUGGAAGCCAGGACACUGCUUUCAGCUUCCUCAACUAACCUGGCUGAGGAGACUUCUCUCCUUGUGUAGCUAUUCUUCUCCCUCCAGGGGCACACCACAGUGGCUCUCCAAGACCUGGGCAUUCUCUGCUAUUCCUUGCAUGGGACAUUUUUAGAUCUGAGAUGUGGCAUGUGCUUUUGCAGCAACCUUUUUAACAAGUCUUUGUGCACUGUUGCUUUGAGUGCCAGUAUUAAUAAAGAUGAUGUGAGUUGGUGUGUAGUUCAGCCAGAGCAUGCACAUGCUUUACAACACUGCCUCCAGUCCUUCCUAGGGCCGAAGACAGGAGCAGGGUCAUCCUCUCUUCCUCUAAUUACUCUCUUCAUCAUGUUCUCCAGCUGCGGCUGCUGUUUGAUGAACUGCCUAGCAGAUAAAAGGGCUAAGGCUCCAGAACUAUCCAACACAAUCUGCAGCUCUCUCCAUAAACUCCAGCCGAUAGUGGAGUCAGUGCUCCUGCCAUUUCUCACCACUGUUGAGAGCUAAAGCUCCAGCCAUACAACAGGGAGCAAAAGACAGUAGCAGGCCUGGGCACUACUAAAAUACUAAGUCAGAUGCUGGAAGAAACAAAUGACAAUGACCAGCUGUUUUCAGUGACAGCACUAGGUUUGGUGUUUUUCUGUUGGUCAAACUGCCAUUAGGAGUGUGUUCCCCCUGAAAACAACUCCCACCUUGCUCCAGCCUAAACCAGCAUGCUAGGCCUGGGCAGAUACCAUGACCUGCACUGGGGCCAUGUUAGUCCUUUGGUGCCAGGCUAGCCAGUGCCUAUGGGCUGGAGCUAGGCUCACUGCCCUCCUCCCAGAACCCAGAGGGGCCUGCCCUCUCCCAAGAGGAGGGCUGGUAGCUAUUCCUUCUGCUCCAGCUGGUCUGGUUUGUUCCACAGCUCUGCUGGCAUGCCCUGCACACCCACCCCAGGGGACAGUCCCCAUCAAACACUCCCCUGCUUUCUGGACAGCUCUGCUUAAAGAUUUAAAAUACAACAAAUAAUAAAUCCUAUCUAUUAGCUGGCCUGACCAAGGCCUAUUCAGCACCAUGGUGUUCCUGCAAAUCACUCGCUCUUUCCACGCCACUGCAGAGGGAGUGACUUUCCCCAGAGGCACCAAUGAAGUCCACUUAUGAACACUCAGUGGCUGCUAAACAGCCCCAGAGGAAAGAAUGAGCCCCACUCAGGCCAGCCUCACCGAUGGGACUGACCUCUCCCUCUGCACAUCUCCACAGCAGCCAGUUCCCACGUCC